CUAGCUCUGCAAGUGGCACAUCGGUUGCGACUACCAUGUUUUCCCGCCAGGUCCGAGCAUCUCACGCUUCUAGAAUCGCCUGCGCAGUUCUUCAAUGUUCUCAAGGAAAAAAUCGGCAAGGCGCGGUCGAGCAUAUAUCUAGCCAGCCUUUACAUAGGCAAGGAUGAGACUGAGCUGCUCGAUUUACUGCGUGCUACGCUGCGCCAAACACCAGCAUUGAAAGUUUUCAUACUUGUCGACGCUUUACGGUCGACACGUGAGCCUCAUCCCCAGCCUUCAGGUGCAUCGAUGCUUGCUACACUGCAUCGAGAGUUCCCCGGACAAGUCAAGGUGCAUCUUUUCCAAACGCCCAAGCUCUCUUGGAUUAUGAAACUUUUGGGCAAGAGACUAAAUGAGGGGGCCGGCUUGCAGCAUAUGAAAGUCUAUGCAUUUGAUGACGAUGUCAUCAUUAGCGGAGCAAAUCUGGCGAAGGACUACUUUACGGAUCGACAAGAUCGAUAUGUACUCAUUGAAAAACAUGUCGAUCUCGUCGCUUAUUUCCGCAAGCUCUUGGACGCUACCGCAAAAUAUAGUUAUACCCUGCAGAGUGUAUCAGACAGCGCAGGUGCAUCUCUUAGCUACCGACUAGUCUGGCCGCGCGCACCACAAGCGUCCAAAACUUGGGCACAGGAAGCGUGCCAGCACAUGCAACGGCUCACAGCAGUCUCAAGAGAACAGACAAUAGCAAAGGAGGUCGAGCUCGGACAUGCAGACACCAUGAUUGUUCCGCUGCUACAGAUGGGCCCGCUCGGGAUUUGUCAAGAAACCUCUGCAGUUCCUCUCCUUUUCAAACAUGUUCAGCAGCAGGACGAUCCAGCAGCGCGCCUUCGCCCGGUGCUCAACCUGACAUCUGGCUAUUUCAGUCUAUACGCACCGUACAAGGCGUUGGUGCUAGCUAGUACGUUCGCCGUACGCAUCAUCACCGCGGCACCCCAGUCCAACGGCUUCUUCAUGUCUGACGGCGUCAGCGGAUAUGUUGCCGAUUCGUACACACGCUUGCAGACCAGCUUUUGGAAGGAGCUCAAGGCUGCUGGAAGGGCUUCUAUAAGUACUGGAGCACCUGAGGGCAAGGGGAACGUCGAGAUACGCGAGUGGAAGAGGGAAGGUUGGACAUAUCAUGCAAAAGGCGAGUUGCCCAGAUGGGGGUUUUGGCUGACUCCUCCCGGAUCUGCGGAUCCCGAACACACCCUCAUCGGAUCGUCCAACUUUGGCAGCCGCUCUGCAACGCUUGAUCUGGAGUGCACGUUGCUGAUCAGCACUGCAUCUCCCCGCCUGCGAACCCAGUUGAAGAAAGAGGUUGAUGCACUUUCGGCAGACGCAAAGGACGUCUUUGAUGAUGCUUUUCUCCGCCAGGAGGCGGACAAGAUGGGCCGCCGUAACACGCUCUUCGUUCGUUUCGGCACCUGGCUGAUCCGCAACAUGCUGUAA